AUGUCUCCUGUCCCUUGUGCUUUCCCGACCAGGUCACUGCUCUUGGUGCUGCUGGCCGUGCUGUCAGCCAGCAGCUCUGCCGAUGGGAAGGUGAUACAGCCUAGACUGAAGCCACAGAACCUCUUCAAGCAAGCAUAUGCUGGAUGCCAGACCCAAAAAGACUCAAAAUUCCCUCAAACUGUGAGAGUCAACAUAAGCAUCAGCAACACAAACCAGGACACCAAAGUGACUCCUGAUGUCAGCAGCCGCUCUCUGGCUCCGUGGGAUUACAGGAUCGAUGAGGAUCACAACCGCUUCCCCCAGUUCAUUGCCGACGCCGAGUGCCGCCACACCAGGUGCCUGAAUUCCCACGGGCAGUUGGAUCACAGCCUCAACUCCAUCGCCAUCCAACAGGAGAUCCUCGUCCUCAAGAGGGAGCCGAAGGGCUGCCACCAAUCGUUCCGGCUGGAGAAGAAAAUGAUCACGGUGGGCUGCACCUGUGUCUUCCCCAUGAUCCGACACCAGGCUUGA